AGGUGAAUUGUCUAUAUCUGUGUACUCGAUUCUAUUCCUUUGCUUAGGUCUUGUAUGAAUCUUAUUGUAAAAUCAUAUUAGUAGGUAGCUAGUCUCUGCUACCCCUAUUCAUCCCAUCCCAUCCUAUCUAUCCGCCCUUCUCUUCGUGAUAUCAGUGAAUCAAGAUAUCUACCAUCAAGCAAACACACGCAGACACACACAUACAUACAUACACAAGCAAACAAACAACCAUGGCCCCCUCGGCAAUCUCAGAGUCUCCUCCCCGAGACGCAACCGUCCACCCCCCUCACACAUCAUCAGACUCCUACGCCGUCCAGGCCGGCGUUCCCGAGUUCCAGGGCUACGACCACAUAACCUGGUGGGUGGGCAACGCCAAGCAGGCCGCCUCGUACUACAACACACUCUUCGGCUUCACCACCGUCGCCUACCGCGGCCUCGAGACGGGGAGCCGGUACUUCACCUCGCACGUCGUCGCCAACGGCGCCAUCCGCCUCGUCUUCACCUCGCCCAUCCGGUCGCUCGCGCACCUGCCCGCCGACGAGCCCAUCACGGACGACGAGCGCGCGCUCCUCAAGGAGAUGCACGACCACCUCGAGCGCCACGGCGACGCCGUCAAAGACGUCGCCUUCGAGGUCGACUGCGUCGAGGCCGUGUACGCGCGCGCCGUCGAGCAGGGCGCGACUCCCGUCCGCGAGCCCAGGGCCGAGAGAGAUAAGAUGCACGGCGGCGAGGUCCGGACCGCCGUCAUCCGCACGUACGGCGACACCACGCACACGCUGAUCUCGCGGCGCGCGUACGCGGGGCCGUUCCUACCGGGCUUCAUCGCGCGGUCUCCCGCUCCCUCUAGCGUGAGCCUGCCGCCCGUCGAGCUGGCGCAGAUCGACCACUGCGUGGGCAACCAGUCGUGGAACGAGAUGGUGGCGGCGUGCGAGUUCUACGAGCGGUGCCUGGGCUUCCACCGGUUCUGGUCCGUCGACGACAAGCAGAUCUGCACCGAGUUCAGCGCGCUGUCGUCCAUCGUCAUGAGCAGCGCCAACGGCGUCGUCAAGAUGCCCAUCAACGAGCCCGCGCUCGGCAAGAAGAAGUCGCAGAUCGAGGAGUUCGUCGUGUUUAACUCGGGCCCCGGCGUCCAGCACGUCGCGCUGCUGACGCGCGACAUCAUCGCCACGGUGAGCGCGAUGCGCGCGCGCGGCGUCGAGUUCAUUAGUGUGCCGCCCUCGUACUACGAGACUAUGAAGGAGCGCCUGCGCACGGAGAAGCGCAGGUGGGAGCUCGAGGAGAGCUUCGAGACCUUGCAGCGGUUGCAUAUCUUGAUCGACUAUGACGAGGGCGGAUACCUCCUCCAGCUCUUCACCAAGCCGCUGAUGGACCGGCCGACUGUCUUCGUAGAGAUCAUCCAGCGCCACGAGUUUGAGGGCUUCGGCGCCGGGAACUUCAAAAGCUUGUUCGAGGCUAUUGAGCGGGAGCAGGCUCAGCGGGGGAACUUGUGAGAUGAGAUGGAUACGUAGAAAAUUUGAAAUUUGGAAAUUGGGGGGGGUUAAACAGCUCAUUCCCUUUCGAGGAGAGGAGGGUUGGGCGAGAAGGCGGCGAGAAGGUGUACGAUAUGCUACACUAUUAUUAUUUUGACGAGAUCAUGACAUAGCGCGGCGGGUUUGGUCCAUUGAAUUG